CUGUCAAAAGUCGGUCUCUCGUGUCUAAAGUACUACUGAGUUUGGGAGUGAGAACAUACAGGACAGCAGCAGCAGUAAUCAUGCCGAGGCGAUCAACGGAGGAGUGGAUCCGAUUAUCCAUGCGCACCCCGGGAAUCCUGAUCUUCGGGAUGGUUAUGGCUCCAUGCGGAUGGAUCCUGGACCUGACUGCCACCGUGGCCCCAAACUGGAGGACCAUCAACAACAUCCCCAACACCCCGCCCGACCAGUACAUCCAGCAAGGCAUCUGGGACAUCUGCAGGGCCACCUCCACCAACACCAGGGCAGAGUGCAACCUGCAGGACACCACGUACUUUGGCAACCAGAUCAUCGUGGUGGCCCAGGGUUUGAUGGUGGCCUCCCUGAUUGUGACUCUAGGCGGGCUGGCCGUGGCAAUCCCAGGGGUCCGCUGCUGGAAAGACAAACCAAACUGGACAAUAGCCGGCCUAGGAGGGCUGUUGAUCUUCCUCUCAGGCGUCAUGACCAUCAUACCCAUUGCCUGGUACACCCACAUCCUCCAAGAGAUCACAUCGGUGUCCCCGCUGACAGAUGUGCGCGUCGGCUACUGCAUCAUCCUGGGCUACAUUGGCGGGAUAUUCGAAAUCCUGGGUGGCUUCGUCAUGUUCAUCGGGAUCUGCAGGUGCUGCGGAGGGAAGAACAGAGGGGAGAGGCGGAUUGAGGAAGUCAUGGGCAGCCGGUCCACCCACAACAAGCCGCCGCCGAGACGUGUGGAAGUGCCGAGCCUGAACCGGGCCAGGAGCAGCGCCAGCAGCAGCGUGCCAUACUCCAAAGACUCCUUGGAUGACGAUGUGUCCUUCCCCCGGGCCAAGAGCCCCGCAGCCCGGUCAGUCAACACCUCCUACAGCGGCAGACCCUACGAUGCCGACCUAUGAGAGGCCACAUGUGGAGAUGCACAAAACACCCACAGGAGAGGAAAACGACUGGAAGAUGGACAUGACCGAGAGUGGAAAAUAUUCUAGGAGAAGGAUGGUAAUUACACAAUGACUUUAUAACAUUACAAAUCUGGUCCACUGUAGUAGAACUAGAGAAUGUAUAAUACUCGGGAGUAUAGGAGUAACAGGAAAUACUAAUACAGUGAAGUACUUUAAAGACAGUUUUAUUGAUGCAGAAUUAUUUGGAAACCAUUCAGGAAUAUUUCAGAUUAUAAUUGAAAUAUUAAGAAGUCACUGUAAACUCACUUUUAGGUGAAGCAGAAUCACUUCAAAUGCCUCUGAGCAUCACACUGUUUCAUCAUUUGGGCAGUGAUAAUAGUGUUGAAUGUGGCUACAGAUGAGACUCAUUAUGGGCUUAUCUGGGCUAUGAUUAAUGCUAACACCAUUAUAAAACAUUAUACAGUAGGUGUAUGCCUCAGGCAGUGCAGUUAUGGAAAGUGAAGUGUUCUGUAUUAUUGCAAAUGUGGAACAUGGAGAGAAAACCUGCUCUGGUUUGAAGAAAAAAUGUAUGAGUUGAAGUUUACCAUGGCUGUGUUUUACAAUCUGCAAAUGAUGCUGAACUCCAUUUGUAAAUGUCAUCUUUAAGGAAGCCUUUUUUCUGUGUCUAUUGGCUAAUGCAUAAAUCUGUUUCUUUCCCCCCAAUUUUUAUGUAAAUACUGUAUUCUUAUGCACUUUAUGGCUGACCUUGUAGGACAGCAGGCCACCUGUUGAAGAAAGCAUCCUGAGGUGAUCAAUGUUGUUCUAAUUGCUCUGUGAUACAAGUGCUGUUUAUUAAAUGUGCACUGUGUUU